UUUCUGGUCCCCGAGGUGCAGGAGCUCUCAAGGCCAGGGGGGAGGAGCGUUGAGGGCGUCCGUCUUCCUGACUCCCCCAGUCACCUGCCUCCUUCAAACAGGAAGACGGACGUCUCACCAGUGCGACGCCAGACACGCAGAGGGACGCUACCAUCUCAUCUACACUCCAGCUUUGAUUAAGAUGUCGGCAGCGGCUUUUGUGUUGAUGGUGUGUGUGGGCCUGUCGAUGGCCGCGCCUCAGGGGGCCGUCUUCCAGGCAUGGAAGAGCGUCAACAUCCCGGCCGUCAGCGUCGCUCAUGUCGACGUCAGCGCCUCCCACGCCGUGCCUGUCAAGACCGUCAGCGUUUCUCAUGAUGUUGUCAGCCCCCCUCAUGAGUUCGUCCAGACCAAGGCGGUAAUAACUCCCCUGAGGAGCGAGGUGUCGUACGUCAAGUCUCACGACAAGACCGCGGCCGUCCAAGCAUGGCAAACCUCCCAGACAAGGGCAGCUCUAGAUUCUGCCGGCGCCAGCCUCUUCAGGGCUCUAGGAAACGCAGCUACUGGUCUGGGUGGCUUCUUGAGCUCCUUGGCCAACUCCGCUGCCAGCUUGACUAAGACCGUCGUGGUUCCUCGAACUCACACUGUUGUCGUGGAGAAGCAGCAGCCCGUGGUGGCAACGACCUAUGACAACGACAGGAAUUUAGUCUACCUGAAGAGCAAGACUGUGUUUUAGAGUUCCCCGUCGUGGUGUGUUCUAGAGUUCCCCGUCGUGGUGUGUUCUAGAGUUCCCCGUCGUGGUGUGUUCUAGAGUUCCCCGUCGUGGUGUGUUCUAGAGUUCCCCGUCGUGGUGUGUUCUAGAGUUCCCCGUCGUGGUGUGUUCUAGAGUUCCCCGUCGUGGUGUGUUCUAGAGUUCCCCGUCGUGGUGUGUUCUGGUGUUCGGUUCUCUGUUGGCGUCCCCUCCUGUCGGUCACUCCCACAGCUGAUAUUAAAAUAUGAGUUGGGAUCAACACUGUGGCUGCUAUCACAUCAUAUCUGGGGUCGAUAUCAACGAUGACCCGUCCAGAGUUCAUCAAUGAUGAAUAUAUAUAUAUAUAUAUAUAUAUAUAUAUAUAUAUAUAUAUAUAUAUAUAUAUAUAUAUAUAUAUUAGUGGUAAUAAUAAGAAUGUUUAGAUAAUAAAAAAGUGAUUGUAACAGUAGAGAAUAGGUCUAAAUUCAUCUUCUGUGGAAAAAAUAAUUAUUUCCCCUCCUAAUUCAUCAUUCGUGUUAACUCAUCCUUAUGUAUUCAUCAAAUUCAUAUCAGUUUGUUUUUAUGUUCUGUAAAUCAUUAUGUAAUGGCGCUCUUUGUACUCUGUAUAUCAUUAUUAUUUGUGUUUGUGUUGAGUGCUUGUGAGAAGUUCAUCUCGCGAGUCUCGAACUCUUAUCAAAUAAACUUGUCUCUGCCUU